AUGAGAAGGCAACUCCGGUCCAGAAGGGCUCCAUCCUUUCCUUACAGUUAUCGCUACAGACUCGAUGAUCCGGAUGAAGUGAACCAGAACUACUUAGCAGAUGAAGAGGAGGAAGCAGAAGAAGAGGCUCGGGUGACGAUGGUGCCCAAAUCGGAGGAGGAGGAAGAAGAGGAGGAGAAAGAAGAGGAGGAAGAGGAGGAAAAGGAGGAGGAAGAGGGUCAGGAUCAGCCAACAGGCAAUGCCUGGUGGCAGAAAUUGCAGAUCAUGAGUGAAUACCUGUGGGAUCCAGAGAGAAGGAUGUUUCUGGCCCGAACAGGUCAGAGUUGGAGCCUGAUCUUACUCGUUUACUUCUUCUUCUAUGCCUCCUUGGCUGCUGUGAUCACCCUCUGCAUGUACACACUAUUUCUGACCAUCAGUCCCUAUAUACCGACCUUCACGGAGCGGGUAAAGCCUCCUGGAGUUAUGAUCAGACCCUUCGCCCAUAGCCUUAACUUCAACUUCAACGUUUCUGAACCUGACACUUGGCAGCAUUAUGUGAUUAGCCUAAAUGGCUUUCUCCAGGGUUAUAAUGACAGUCUUCAAGAGGAAAUGAAUGUAGAUUGUCCCCCGGGGCAGUACUUCAUCCAAGAUGGCGAUGAGGAUGAGGACAAGAAGGCCUGCCAAUUUAAGCGCUCCUUCCUAAAGAACUGCUCUGGUCUGGAGGACCCAACUUUUGGAUACUCUACUGGACAGCCCUGCAUCCUUCUAAAGAUGAACCGGAUUGUAGGCUUUCGUCCUGAGCUUGGAGAUCCUGUGAAGGUUUCCUGCAAAGUUCAGAGAGGUGAUGAAAAUGACAUCCGAUCCAUCAGUUACUACCCAGAGUCGGCUUCUUUUGACCUCCGCUACUACCCUUACUACGGCAAACUGACUCACGUUAACUACACGUCCCCCUUGGUGGCAAUGCACUUUACAGAUGUGGUGAAGAACCAAGCAGUGCCUGUGCAGUGCCAACUGAAGGGCAAAGGCAUCAUAAAUGAUGUCAUCAAUGAUCGCUUUGUGGGCAGGGUAAUCUUUACCCUGAACAUAGAAACCUAAGAACUUCAGGGGGCCAUUCUUACCAGUUCUGUUUCUGUUUUAUCUCAUGGUAUCUCUGGUAGCACCUGAAUUCUUUUUCUUCAAUUAGGACACAGCCAG